GCCACACAGCGCUGGUAUAUUAAAAAGAGAGGCUGUUUUAUACCGCCCUAACACUGGUCUCCUCUCCUAGCAGUUGUUUGUGGCAGGUUAUAAUCUUAAAGACAUAAAGAUGGCAUUUAAGAAUCAGAGGAUUUUGAAAAUAAUCUCCAUUUUUUCUGUAAGUACAACGGUGUUCGUCCUCUUGAUGAACCAUCCAGAACAAACGAAAAAUUGUCCUCAUAAAGAGGAGCCGGUCUUGAAUCACUUAUUAAAGCAGGAUGUUGGAGAACUACAGGCUUGUUCUGCUAUUAUCCAAGGAGAUAUGGACGGAGUGAACAAGGACAUUUUCAGGAAUCUCCUGGCUUCGAAAAAAAGGAAAUCGCUGCUGUCAGAGUCAUUCUAUCUCAACGCAACCAAGGAUUGUCCAUUCUACAUCCGAGAUAGAGGGUUUCUGACGCUUUCUCUCAGUAAAGAGGAGAAACAUUUCCCCAUUGCUUACUCCAUGGUGAUCCAUGAGAAGAUUGAGAUGUUUGAAAGGCUCUUAAGAGCCAUUUACACUCCUGACAAUGUGUACUGUGUUCAUGUGGACCAGAGGUCUCCUGAGAUCUUUAAAGAAGCAGUUAGGGCCAUUGUGUCCUGUCUGACCAAUGUGUUUGUGGCCAGCAAACUGGAGAACGUGAUCUACGCCUCCUGGUCUCGAGUUCAAGCGGACAUCAACUGCAUGCAGGAUCUGCUCAAGUCACCCGUCCAGUGGAGGUAUCUGCUCAACACCUGUGGCACUGAUUUCCCCAUUAAAACAAAUGCUGAAAUGGUUCAGAUUUUAAAACAACUGCACGGAAAGAACAGUUUGGAGUCCGAGGUCGUAGAGUCCAAAAAGGUGCGUUGGGAGUAUCAUCACAAUGUUAAGGACGUUGUGAUUCGGACCGAUGUUAGAAAGUCACCGCCGCCAGUUCAGAGCUCGAUGUUCUCAGGAAAUGCUUACUUUGUGGUUUCAAGAGAGUUUGUGGAUUACAUCCUUAAAAGUAAAGAGAUUCAAGAUUUCAUGGAAUGGGAGAAAGACACAUACAGUCCAGAUGAGCACAUGUGGGCUACGUUACAGCGAAUGCCUUCAGUACCAGGAUCAAACCCUCCAAACAGAAAGUACGAGCAAUCGGACAUGAACGCAAUUGCUCGUCUAGUGAAAUGGAGUUACCAUGAAGGGGAUCUAAAGAGUGGGGCUCCCUACCCACCAUGCACUGGGGCACACAGAAGGGCAGUGUGCGUCUAUGGAGCUGGGGACGUGAAAUGGAUUUUGAGGCAACACCAUCUUUUGGCAAACAAGUUUGAUCCAGAAGUAGAUGAUGUAGCGAUCAAAUGUUUGGAGGCUUUUUUAAGGUACAAAGCUAUUUAUGGUCGAUCAUUACUAACAGUUAAAAAAUCUGCCAUUAUUUUAAAAACAUCAUAAAAAUGACUUUUAAAGUGUUUGUAAAUAUAUAAAUGUAAGGUAUGGGUGGAGGGGUGAAUCAUCUGAAUAACUAAACGCAUUCUUCCUGAAACCUAAAAGUUUCCGAACGAAUGUAAAUUUCAGCAUCAGCAUGUCUGGAUGAGACUGUUUCUGAUAACAAAACCAUCUUUCAUAAGUCUUCAUCAGCUAGCUUACUCAUAAAAAACCUCCUAACUCCAUUUUAACUUGAUUUUGGUCAAAUGUUAAUAAUACAAUCACACAUGUAAUUGUCUGACCAUAUAUAAAGUCACAAUAUCAACUUUAACCACACCGUUUAAUAAAAAAAAAAUGUUUAAAAAAUGUUUUUGGCCAACAUCAUAAAUUCAAAUAUGUCUGAAAACCUUUUAGAAAAGUAAUUAAAUGUGUACACUUAAGUGUAUUCAAAGUGGUACACAUAAAUAUGUCAAAAUUGUAUGACACCAACAUUACUAAGAUUUACAAGACCUAAGAAUAUGUAUGAUUUCAGUGACACACUUGUAAUUUAUGAAAGUCUUACAUUACACACUCAUGUGCUAAUAAACUCAAUAUUUUACCUGAUACCCCUUCACUAAGACCGCCUGCAUCUCGUUGAGCAGAUAAUGAAGGUAC